CAUCAUCACCAAUAUCAAAAGACAAUUAAUGUCUUCUUUAAAGGUAAACCUUGAAAAUUAUCUGAUUCCACUGGAGGAGAUCAACCUUGCAACCAAAGACUUCAGCCCCGAAAGAUGUAUUGGAGGUGGUGGAUUUGGCAAGGUCUACUUAGGAGAACUCUCUGUACGCUGGCAAAACCGCACAGCUGCUAUCAAACGCCGAGCUCCGGAUAGUCACCAAGGAGAGCACGAGUUUCUUAAUGAGCUUCGCAUGAUUUUAAAAUUCAAGCAUGAAAACAUCAUCUCUUUUAUUGGCUACUGUGAUGAAAGCAAUGAGAUGAUCAUAGUUUAUGAGUACGCUAGCAAUGGAAGUCUCGAUCAUCAUCUCCAAUAUGAAAAUAAGAUGUGCAACAUAACAUGGACACAACGCCUCAAGAUUUGUUUAGGGGCAGCAAGAGGACUUGAUUACCUUCACUCGAGUCUUGGGGAGCACACCAGAGUGAUACAUAGAGACUUUAAGAGUGCUAACAUAUUGUUAGAUAAAAAUUUGGUGGCAAAAAUAUGUGAUUUUGGCCUAUCAAAAUGGGGUCCAAAGAAUCAGCCAAUUACCCAUCUCAAUACAAAGGUUGCGGGUACUCAAUUUUACUUGGAUCCCGCUUAUCAUGAAAGCCACAUCCUCCGAAAAGAAUCAGACGUGUACUCAUUUGGUGUGGUACUAUUCGAAAUGUUGAGUGGGAUGCUGGUUUAUAAUGAAAGGAGCCUUGGAGGUGAUAAGGCAGCGUUUCUAAUGAAUUUGGUUCGACAAUCCGAUGAAACGAAAGUACAUGAGUUAAUUGAUCCCCACAUCAGACAUCAGAUUAGUAGUCGUUCUUUCCAUAUGAUUAAAGAAGUUGCAUAUCAAUGCAUUAGUUUAAAUUUAAAGGAACGCCCUAGUAUGGUCACGGUCAUUGGGAUGAUUGAACAUGCAUUGGAUAUUCAAGGUUUACCUGGAUCAGAAGUUGAUACUUUUACAGACAUGAGCGUCGGCGAUUUUCUCAUCCUUUAUCCUUCAAAACUCAAAUUUCCAUUGGGACUAAAGAAGAAAAGGUUAUGUUCCUUCCAAUUGACCAACAAGACUGACCAACUUAUUGCCUUUAAGGUUCUAACAACGAACCCUAAGGAUUACUGUGUUCGUCCAAUCUAUGGAAUUGUGUUACCAAGAUCAAUUUAUAAUGUCAAAGUUAAAGAGAAAGCAAAAAAGGUGGCACCCCCUAACAUGUUGUGCAAAGCAAAGUUUAAAGUUUUGGCUAUUAUGGCACCUAAUGGGACAACUGAAAAGGAUGUGACUAACAAAAUGGUUCUAACAACGAACCCUAAGGAUUACUGUGUUCGUCCAAUCUAUGGAAUUGUGUUACCAAGAUCAAUUUAUAAUGUCAAAGUUAAAGAGAAAGCAAAAAAGGUGGCACCCCCUAACAUGUUGUGCAAAGCAAAGUUUAAAGUUUUGGCUAUUAUGGCACCUAAUGGGACAACUGAAAAGGAUGUGACUAACAAAAUGUUCGACAAGGAUGAUAACAAGGUUGUUGAGGAGUUAAACUUAACGUCUAUAUACAUUCAUGUGCCAGAAAAAUCUUAAGAAUUUUCGUCCCCAAUAGUAGAAGAUGUAAGUAAGAAUUCUUCAUGUCUUGAUCUUUUAAGGAUUAAUGUUGUGCUUUUCUUUUCGUUGAAAUAGGUUUUUAUCGUGUUAACUUAACCUACUUUGACAACUCCCAAGGCUUUUUUUGUCCAUCUCUUUGGCUACAUGCCUAAUAUAUUCCUUAAUUUAUGAAAUAUGUCUAGUAUGUAUAAUGAUUAAUUUCGUUCUUUAUAUUGUAGUUGUAUUAGACUAUCAGACAUCACAAAACAAACUCAAUAACCCCUUAUAAAUUUCUUUCCACUUGAAUUAUCUUUCAUUUAUCAAGAAAAUCAUUUUUGGUAAAGCUCUUUCACCCAUGUUUCUUAUGUUAUUCGAAAGCACCAUAAAUAUAGAUAGCCAAUUGAUUUUUUUUUUAUCGAAAAUCAAAAUUACUUAUAUACUACUCCUUAAUCCAUUAUGUCCUAGAUGAGACUUGAACCCUCAACCUGCAUUAGAGAGGGAAACACCUGAUAACGUUAGGCUAGAAUCCAUUUGGUAGAUAGAACACUCAUUUAAGCAUCC